AAGAGGAGAAUAAAAAAAAAAGAACACCAAAAACAGAAGAAAAAUAGGGAGUAAAUUCAGCCAAUCAGCGCGCUGGAGGCGGGGCUUAAGAGGGUGACGCGGAUGUUGACCAGAGCCAGGUGCUUUUCAAAAUGGCGGCGCCCACAGCAGCCGGUGGCCCAUGUGGGUGUGAGGGCGACAUGGCAGCUGCUAAGGCGGUUUCCUCCGCGUUCCCUCUUGUCCUCCGGAUUGUCGCGGAGUGUCCGGUGAGCAAGGCGCGGGCGUGCGUGCUCACUCCCCACGGCAGCGUCAACACGCCGGUGUUCAUGCCUGUAGGCACGCAGGGCACAAUGAAGGGAAUCACUGCGGAGCAGCUGGAACAGCUGGACUGUCACAUCUGUCUCGGGAACACGUAUCACCUGGGCAUGAGGCCGGGUCCCGAGCUGAUCGAGAAAGCCAACGGCCUGCACGGGUUCAUGAACUGGAAACGAAACCUCCUGACAGACAGCGGAGGUUUUCAGAUGGUGUCUCUGGUGGAGCUGUCCAAGGUGACGGAGGAGGGAGUUUUAUUCCGCUCACCGUACGACGGGAAGGAGAUCCUGCUCACCCCCGAGCAGUCCAUCGGGAUACAGAACAGCCUCGGCUCGGACAUCAUGAUGCAGCUGGAUGACGUGGUGAGCAGCACGGUGACUGGGCCGAGGGUGGAGGAAGCCAUGCAUCGCUCCGUACGAUGGCUGGACCGCUGCAUCUCUGCCAAUAAAAACCCGCAUCGGCAAAACCUGUUUGCCAUCAUACAGGGGGGCCUUAACGCGGAGCUGCGCAGGGCAUGUUUGGACGAGAUGACGAAGAGAGACGUUCCUGGCUUUGCGAUCGGGGGUCUGAGUGGCGGAGAGGAGAAGGACGACUUCUGGAAGAUGGUGACCCUCAGCACAGACCACCUUCCCAGAGAAAAACCUCGUUACCUGAUGGGCGUCGGCUACGCCGUGGACCUGGUGGUGUGUGUCGCUCUGGGCUGCGACAUGUUCGACUGCGUUUUCCCGACUCGCACAGCUAGGUUUGGCUCGGCCCUGGUCCCCUGGGGUUCUCUGCAGAUCAAACAGAAACAAUACGCCAAGGACUUCCAGCCCAUAGACCCCGAGUGCGAGUGUCCCACCUGCAAGAGACACAGUCGAGCGUAUCUUCACGCGUUGUUUAAGAGCGACACUGCCGCCAUGCACCACAUCACCAUCCACAACAUCUCUUACCAGCUCACUCUGAUGCGGUCGGUGAGGCAGAGCAUCAUCGAGCAGCGCUUCCCCGAGUUUGUGAGGAACUUCAUGAGGAGGAUGUUCUCCAGCAGCGAGACGUAUCCUGGCUGGGCCGUGGACGCCCUCGCUUCAGUCAACAUCACUCUGGAAUAAAAUGUCUUAUAAAUAUAUAUAUAUAUAUAUAUAUUUGUGUAUAUAAUAUCCUUGUAUGCACAUUUUUAUGCUUUGUUUUUUUUUAUUUUAUUUAAUAUUUUUUGGGCUCAUGGACUUCUCUUUUCCAGACUUCCACAUCUGUCUGGAUGUUUAUUGGUCUGUUUUUAACCGAUGACUCAUUUUUACUACUGUAUCUGGUUUUUAUUUUUUAAUUUCUAAAUAAAACUAACAAAAACCCA